CGCGCAUUCGCAGCGGCACGGGCGGGCCGCGCAACCCUCCACCACCGACCGGAUACUAAGGCGGCAUGUGGUGGCAAACGAGAGUCGCGUGGUUGGCACUUCUCCUGUUGCCAGCUGCGUGCAAGGAACACGAGGUGACACCAAGGGUCGACAUCGAGAACCUGCCUCAGGCGCAGGAGGCAGAUCUCAAUUAUGACGACUACAACCCUUUAGAUGAAGACGAUAACGCUAUAUUAGUCGGACGGGAGUUCAGAGGAUCAACGAUCUCGCCCCCAAACCGCAGACCUCCUAGCCCACCACCGAGGGUUCCACCUUCGCCGAGGUGCAUCGACAUAGGUCGUGUGUGGAUUGAAGGGGAACACUGGAAAAGAGACAACUGCACGCUCUGCCAGUGCUACACCGGUAGAGUGAACUGCUCUAUCCUGCCGGAAUGUUUAACAGUAAGGCCUUCAUACAAUGCCGGUACCAUUACGACCACCCCUGUGAGAGGUGUGCCCGGUCCCCCGGGUGACGACGGACCGACAGGACCACCCGGUGCACCGGGUACUAACGGUGUCCCGGGUGCCCCUGGUAUACCCGGACCUGCUGGCCCAAUGCCUGAUGUAAAUGCAUACCUGGCACAAUUAGCAGCUACUGCAGGAGGUGAUAAAGGGCCUGCCUUUGAUCCGUAUCAGUAUAUGCAAGCUUCUGUAGGAGCACCAGGCAUCCGAGGAAUACCAGGACCACAAGGCCCGCCCGGCCCGCAAGGUUUCCAAGGACCUCGAGGGGAGACUGGAGAACCAGGCCUACCUGGACUACAAGGAUCACCAGGGGAAAGAGGACCACCGGGACUCCCGGGAAAAGAUGGUUCACCUGGUGAAGACGGUGAACAGGGCCCAGCAGGUGCGGUAGGUCAGCCUGGACCUAGAGGGGUUCCUGGAAUACCAGGCAUUCAGGGGCUGAAAGGCCAUCGAGGUUUUGAUGGCAAAGACGGUGCUAAGGGUGAUCAGGGACAACCAGGAGAAAAGGGACCAACUGGACUCCCUGGACAAAUGGGCCCACCAGGGCCUAUGGGUCCAAUAGGUGCUCGUGGCGAAAGAGGCCGUGAGGGUCCACCUGGUCCCCCUGGUAUGCGCGGAGCCGAUGGUCCGCCGGGGCCACCAGGCCUUAUGGGAAAUGUCGGAAAAACAGGUGCGCCAGGUUUUCCGGGUUCUCCAGGUAUCAAAGGAGAGCAAGGCGUCGCAGGACCAAAAGGCAGCCAAGGCGUGCAAGGCCCUAGAGGAGAAGCCGGAAGGCCAGGACAACCCGGUGAAGUUGGCGCUCCAGGAAUUCCUGGGCGAGAUGGUACACCGGGUGAAAAAGGUGUUCAAGGUCCACAUGGGGCGACAGGACCUCAAGGAUUUCCUGGUCCAAGAGGGACGCCAGGUCUCCCCGGAGACCCGGGUGUGCCUGGAACAAAGGGAAUGCCGGGCCAACCAGGUGAAAGAGGUUCCAAGGGUGAUGCUGGAAUACGUGGAGAGUCUGGCGCCCCUGGUCCUAGAGGUUUACCUGGUAGUAUUGGACCAGAAGGCAAACGAGGAAAGAGAGGUCUUAGGGGCCCUGCUGGUAACAUUGGGCCUCAAGGUGAACGAGGUUUACAGGGAAUGAGAGGUUUACCUGGUGCAGAUGGUCCUAUGGGUCCCAAAGGCCAACCUGGAGAAAGAGGCAGCGUUGGUUUACCUGGACCGAAAGGGAGUGCAGGAGAUCCUGGUAGGGCUGGUCCACAGGGAUUAUCAGGACCUAGGGGACCUAUUGGAAGACCAGGUAUUCCAGGCAAGACUGGUCCUCAAGGAGAAAGAGGAAUAGCCGGAGCUGACGGCAGACCUGGUGAGCAAGGACCUCAAGGAUUACAAGGACCACCAGGACUUAUGGGCAGCCCUGGGGAGAGAGGAUUACAAGGUGAACCAGGUAAAGAUGGCGAACCGGGUCAAGCUGGACCACAAGGGCCUAAAGGUGAUGCUGGAAGGGAUGGUGGACCAGGUAUUCAAGGACCUCAAGGACCCCCUGGUCCUUCUGGAGAAAGGGGCCCUACAGGACCAGCCGGACCGACAGGAUUUCCGGGAAUGCCCGGGUCAGCCGGUUUACCAGGAUCGCCAGGUAAAGAUGGCGAGCCUGGUGUUGCAGGUCCAGUUGGGCCACCAGGACCGUCAGGACCACGAGGAGAAAGGGGAUUCCCUGGUGAAAGAGGUGGACCUGGUCAGCCCGGUGCUCCUGGAGAGAAAGGCGAAGCUGGCGCUCAAGGUCCAGACGGUCUACCGGGUCCCGAAGGUCCCAGAGGUACUAAAGGACAUCCCGGUCCAAUCGGGGCUAUGGGAUUACCUGGACCUCGAGGUCAAACUGGAUCUCCUGGAGAAAAGGGAGAAAGAGGCUCAGCUGGUCCUCCUGGGAAUGAUGGUGCUCCAGGACGUCAAGGAGAACAAGGCCCGCAGGGUCCUAUAGGUCCUGCUGGCCCUCCGGGCGAGCCAGCUGAGAGGGGAGAACCGGGUACACCAGGUGUUCCUGGUGAAGCAGGGGCACCCGGCUCAACUGGUGAACGUGGCCAGCCUGGACCGCAAGGAGCACCCGGACAUCCUGGUCCACCCGGUUUAACUGGGAUGCCAGGAUUGAAAGGGGAAAGAGGCUACAGCGGGCCUAAAGGACAGCAAGGAUCUCCGGGUAGUCCAGGUUUACAAGGAGAACAGGGUUUGCGUGGUUUACCCGGGCAACCAGGCGCAAAAGGAGCAAGAGGUGAACAAGGACAUAAAGGAGAAACUGGUCGUGCUGGUCUGCCUGGUAGACCAGGCGAUGUGGGGCCCUCGGGUCCACAAGGGAGUACAGGACCAGCAGGUGCUCCAGGAAUACCAGGAGCUAAAGGUGCCACUGGAGACACCGGUAGACCUGGGCCACCUGGCCCUCUUGGUCUCACAGGUCCACCAGGGCCUGAAGGACCUAAAGGAGAGAGAGGCAGUGAAGGUGAAACUGGACCACAGGGGUCUAGUGGACCUCCAGGGCCGUCUGGCGAAAGAGGGCCAAGUGGUUUACCUGGUAUGGUCGGGCCACCCGGACCACAAGGACUUCGUGGUCCACAGGGUGAGACUGGUGCUCCCGGAAAACCUGGGGCAGAUGGAGCUCCAGGGCAUGCAGGCAGCCCGGGAUUACAAGGGCCACCAGGGCCUAUGGGCGAACCAGGCCCAGAAGGGCGGCCGGGCAAGCAGGGGCAAUCAGGUCUUCCGGGUCGACCUGGGGAUAAAGGACCUAUCGGACAACCAGGUCCUUCGGGACCUUCUGGACUACCGGGAUUACAGGGUCCAGCUGGCCCUGCUGGGCCUCCAGGACCAGCAGGUGAACGUGGGCCCAGAGGAGAAGCAGGGCCUCCUGGUGUGGAUGGCCCACAAGGCCCUACAGGCAAACAGGGUCCACCUGGUUUGGACGGGAUUAAAGGAGAACGGGGCGAAGCGGGAGCGGACGGCGCUAAGGGACAUGCAGGGUUGCCAGGUCUACCGGGCAUGAUAGGAGCACCUGGAAGACAAGGCGAAAGGGGUCUACCUGGAGCUAUGGGACCGCCUGGCAAGGAUGGUGAACCUGGAUCGAGAGGCACUCCUGGUCGCGAUGGUAGCCCUGGGCCACAAGGCCCCAUAGGUCCAUCCGGUCCCCGUGGGCCGGCCGGUGACGCCGGUCGCCACGGACCACCCGGACCGCCGGGCCCGCCUGGACCGCCCGGUCCAGCAGGAGAAGGUUUGGCUUAUGAUGCUGCUGCACUUGCUGCUAUGCUCCAACAAGGUUCGGUGAAAGGUCCAGAUCCAUUAGGCGAUGACCCUAAUUCAAUGCCUUCAAGGUUCUUCAAAGAAGACAUGACGCCAGCGGAACGUAAAGAAAUAGUAAUGAAAGCAUACGAAAGACUUAAAGUGUCUCUGGAUAAAUUCCUAAGACCCGACGGCACCAAAGAAGCACCAGGGAAGACAUGUGGAGAUAUUAAAUACCAUCAUCCUGACUUUGAAAGUGGUCAGUAUUGGAUCGAUCCUAAUGGCGGGGACAUUAACGAUGCUAUAUUAGUUCACUGUGAUAUGACUAACGGCGGGAGCUGUAUAUUCCCAAAACCAAUGCAAUCUCAAGACAUUUCAUACAAGAGCAAAGAGAAAGAAGCUUGGCUUAGCGAGAUGGAAGAAGGCUUCACUAUCACAUACAAAGCAGAUCAUUCCCAGCUAACUUACCUUCAGCUUAUGUCAACGAGAGCUAUGCAGAAUGUGACAUUCCACUGUCGCAACACAAUCGGUUACUACGACCCUGCGAUGAACAACUAUCGUCGAGGCAUUAAAUUGUUGGCUUACAACGAUGCUGAGAUAUUACCUAAGGCUAAUAACAGAUUGAGAUACAAAGCACUGCUGGAUGAAUGUCAGUACAAGAAAGAAGUAUGGGCGAAGACUAUUGUUCAGUUUGACACCGAUAAGGCUGGUCGGCUGCCGCUACUGGAUGUUGGAGUAAGAGAUAUUGGCAGACCAAAUCAAAUGUUCAGGAUCGAACUCGGAUUGGCUUGUUUUAUAUAGGCAGUGUAUUAAACUAUCUUUUAAUAUAAGGUUGAUAAUUUUAGUUCAGUCACGUGUUCACAGUGCUUUUAUGCAUACUGUAAUGCUCGGAUGCAGAACAAUUUUAUUUUUUAUUUUUGUCUAAUAAUAAAUAAUAUUUUUUUUGUUACUAAGUGGUUACAUAAUCUAUCAGGAUAGAAAGUUAUCAAAUAAUUGGGAAAGAAGAAUUUAAAUUUAAAAAACUUCAUGCUUAUUUUUCUAUUUUUAAACGAAUUGUAAGUAAUUUAUCUCCUUGGUAAGAAGCAGCUAGUUAAUUUUAAACUUUCGCUUGAUUGACACAUUCAUUAAAUACGUUAUUGGGAUUUAACCGUGACUGAACCAAAAUGUCAAUCGUAUUAUGUGUUCACUAAACAUACAUUAUGUAAUACAAAUGUAGAGCGUUUAUACCAAGUUAUAUAAAGUAUUAGAAUACAUGUAUAAUUAUAAAAUAUAAAACUACACAAGUAGAAAAAAAGAAUGAUGUCAUAACAAUAUUCCCACCAAAACAGAUGUGUCACAUGUUUUGUAACAUGUCCCGACUUACCUUAGUAACGUAUUUUGGUGGAAAGGGUCACAUUACAUUACAUGACCCAUUAAAAUUGUUAAAAAAUAACGUUAAGUUCAUUUUGCCAUUUGCAAAAUGAGUAUAAAAUAAAUGCGUGCUACAUGGCGAUCUGAUAAAUCGUUUGGUCUAAGAACAUGUUUCUAUCAAGUGAAGAGUCAAAAUAAAAAAAAUAAAAAACAAUUUAAUAAC